AUGCAUCUCCUAACCACGCCGCUGGUUUAUCGCAUUCUCACGUUCCAGAAGCCUCCGCAGUACACCAGCGUGUUGCGGGUCCUUCUCUCGCUUCUUUUCACCAUCGUCAUGGUCGUGCAUAUGGUUAUGGAUGAAUUCCUGCUCCACGCUGUUACCUUUGGGCUGGCGGUGUAUUUGAUCGCAACGCGGACUUUGAAGCUCAUUCCCCAGCAAGUUCCAGAUCCGGUGGCGAGGAAGAAUAUUCAGAACAUAGCUAUGUUUGGUUGCUUCAGCUUUGCAUUUGGUUAUUUCGUGUGGUUGAUUGACGAUUGGGCUUGUGGGUUCUUGACCAGCACGAGACAUUUCGUUGGCCUGCCUUGGGCAUUCUUGUUCGAAUUGCAUGGAUGGUGGCAUGUUUUUACUGCCACUGGUGGCUAUAUUGCCGUCGCGAUUAUAGAUAUGAUCAUUUCGGGUGAAGUGGGUAAGGACGCCACGAAACGUCUUGCUUGGCCUCUUCCGGCCGUGGCGAGGCUCGUGGGGACGGCAAAGCGGGACUAA